GGGAGCUUUCAAGCAGUGAGGCCCAAAUCAUUAACCCAUUUCUCUUUUCUGGAUAGAAGGCAGUUAAGCCAUGCAGACCCCAAAGACAAGAAGUGGCUCCUCUGAAGUGCCUCAGAAGGUUUCUCCUCGUGCUGUACGCCAACUCAGGACUACUACUGCUCUUGACAUUGACUCUGUAUCUUCUUUAAGUCAAGCUAAUAAAAUAUCAAAGGAAAAAAGCCCCAAAGUCACUGACCGCAGAUCACCUAGAAGCCCAGUUCCUGAGAGGAAGCGCCCCAGCAGGAUAUCUGAAUUGGAAUCUCAAAUUUCUCAACUUCAAGAUGAUUUGAAGAAGGUGAAGGACCAGCUUAUUUUGUCUGAAUCAUGCAAGAAGCAAGCUCAGCAAGAGGCUGAGGAAUCCAAGGAGCAACUGUUAGCCCUAUCUGCAAAACUUGAAGAGUCACAAAAGCAGUUCCUGGAACUCUGUGCUAGUGGAGAAGCUCGUGUUAUUGAGCUCCAGAAAAUUACAGAAGAACAUGAUAUGGCAUGGCAAUCCGAGCUCGAGUCCUCCCAAAAGCAGCACUCAGUUGACUCUGCUGCCUUGUCCUCUGCCAUGAAUGAAAUUCAGCUUCUCAAGGUUCAACAGGAAUUGGUAGCAAAUUGGGAGAAUCUGAACACUCAACAUGCAGUAGCGGCAGAUGUGGAGCUACUAAACCUGAAGCAAAACUUGGCAGAAACUCUUUCUCUUGUGGAGAACAUGAAAAACCAACUCAGGAAUUGCAAAGAAUCUGAAGCUCAGACCCAAGCUUUGUUCAAUGAAACCAUGCUGCAACUUGAGGCUUCAAAAAAAACAGUGGAGCUCCUAAGGGCUGAUGUUGCAAAAGGUGUAGAUGGAUACAACUCCAUUGCUUUAGAGUUAGACCAGUCUAGAACACGGGUUAACUCACUAGAGGCACUUGUUAGCAAACUCGAGACAGACCUCAUCAAUAAUAAAUGCAGUCAUUCUAGAAAUCUUGCAGAUGAUCAUAAAUUUAAGAAAGAGGAAGAGGAUCCUAAUCAGAUUGAAGCAGAAAUUUAUCUUUUGAAGUCUGAGAUCGGACGACUUAGAUCUGCUAUUGAGACUGCUGAGACUAAAUACCAAGAAGAACAGAUUCGGAGCACGGUGCAGAUCAGGAAUGCCUAUGAAUUGAUGGAGCAGAUAAAAUCUGAAUCAGGUCAGAGGGAAUGUGAGCUAGAGGCUGAAUUGAAGAGAAAGAAAGCUGAUAUUGAAGAGUUGAAGGCUAAUCUAAUGGAUAAGGAAACUGAGUUGCAAGGUAUUAUGGAAGAGAAUGAGAACUUGAAUUUAAAGCUUGAAGAGAGCAUGUCAUCCCAAAAUGAACCUGAACUUAGAAAGGAACUUAAAAGGUUAGAUGAAUGUGUGGCUGAGUUGAAGGGUGAUAUGAUGGACAAGGAGACAACAUUGCAAAGCAUAACUGAAGAGAAUGAAAUGCUCAAGUUGGAAAUCAAUAAGAGGGAGGAAGUAGAGGUAGCUAAAGCUGCAGAACGUGAGGCUCAAAUGAAACUUGGGAUUGUGAUGGAGGAAGCAGAUAGGAGCAACAAAAAGGCAGCGAGAGUGGCUGAGCAACUAGAAGCAGCUCAAGUAGUAAACUCAGAAAUGGAAGCAGAACUGAGAAGACUCAAGGUACAGUCUGAUCAAUGGAGGAAAGCUGCAGAAGCAGCUGCUUCCAUGCUUUCAGCAGAAAACAAUGUGAAGCUCACUGAGAGAACCGUGUCUUUGGAUAACAACUAUAAGUGCUCACCCUUUGCUGAAGACAUUGAUGAUGACUUCCAGAGAAAGAAAAAUGGCAACAUGCUUAAGAAGAUUGGGGUCUUAUGGAAGAAACCUCAAAAAUAGUGACUUGUCUAAUUUAUCUUGUGUUGUGAAAUUCUAGUCCAAUAAUGUUGUAUUCCUCUAAUGUUUUGUGUCUUUUGCAAUUUUGUCUCACCAUUACCCUCCCCUCUGCACUCCACUGUAAAUUGGUCUGAAACUGUUUGUGAACUGUACUAGGAAAA